UCUCUCCUUAGAGUUGAACGACUGCAGUCGGAGGCGGUAAAAAAAUCGAGCCGAAUCAUCAUGGAUUGGAUUGGUCUGACCAGCUUGUUAUUGUUCUGCCUCGGACGGAUCGGGGAAACAAACGGUUUGAGGAUGCUGGAGCUGAUAGUGCCGCAGCACGCGGUGCUCGGGCAAAAUGUAAGCCUCGAGUGCAACUUUAAUCUGGACGGCGAGAAGCUGUACUCGGUCAAGUGGUACAAGGACGGCAACGAAUUCUACCGAUACGUACCCCAGGAGAAGCCACCUGUUCUGGUGUUCCUCCAACCCGGUGUCUCAGCAGUCGUUCACGAAUCCACUCAACGAAUGGUCGUCCUUCGUUCCGUGAACCUCAUGAGCACGGGACGCUACAGAUGCGAGGUUUCAGCGGAGGCACCGUCUUUCCAGACCGUUUCCGACCAUUCGGAUAUGACGGUAAUCGCCCUCCCGGAAGACGAACCUGUUAUCACGGCGCGACCCGGGAAACAUCGUUAUCAAGUCGGCGACGUCGUGCGGUUCAAUUGCACUUCGACGAGGUCGAAGCCACAUGCCACGCUCAGCUGGUUCAUCAACGGCGACCCUGUCGAGCAGCAGUUCUUGAAGUCCUACCCCGUCGACGUAGACCGGAACGAUCUGGAGACUUCCACACUCGGUCUAGAGUUCCGUCUGCGCUUGAAGCACUUCAAGAAGGGAGACUUGAAGAUCAAAUGCCUGGCGAGAAUAUAUACCAUAUAUUGGAAAUCGAAUGAGCUCAGCAUAGAGGGUGAGAGGCCUCUGAAGAUACCGGUAAUGGAGAGUAGGGAGACAAGGGCGCAAGGGCACACGCACGCCGAACACAUCCUAGCGAGCGGAAGUAUAGCGUUAGGACCGUGCGUUAUGUUGGUGAUUAUGGGAUUACUGAUGCUGCGGUAAGGAUUGAAGAUAUCAUUCGCCCUUCGUGCUCAUCCUCUAGGCCUGUGGAAACCAUCCUCGUAACGCGAUAUGAUUACGUAAUAUAAAAUUAUCCAUGUUGUUUAUAUUUUUUUAUAAUUGCAAUUAGUGAAAUUAGAGAUCUUGUAAUAAUUGUAGACAGACGACUAUCUCUCGAAUUAUGUUAGACUUUCGACUCGAAUCUUUAGAGGGAGUUUUCGUUGUAGAGGGACGAUAGAUUCUUUUUUUUUCCAGGGAUAAUAAAAAAAUUACCGAGAAAAUUUUCAGCGAGAAAAAUUUCGGUUGUUCAAUUUUCGUAUUACACGAAUUAUAUCUCGCGUACAGUGCGUGAAAGGCACGACGGACCCGUUAUUCCGUUGUCACAUUCAUCGAAGAAUUAUACAUAUAUAUGCACUGCCAUGUAUUGAUCUAUCGUUUAUCAUGAAAAUUCGGAGUCGCGACUUUUUACAUUGCUUGCAGCGACUCAUGCGUAAAGUACAUAAAUCAAUUUUUCUUCAGGUACACACGCGCGUGCACUUCGUUUGAAUAUACAUAUCUGUGUGUGGCUAACGCAUAUCUACCAUGCAAACUAUGGCGCGGGUCCGCGUUUUAUUGAAUUUUCAUUAACCGUGCCACGUCUGAUACGAUAAAAUGCAAUGUACAACUGAGUUUCAAGACAAUAUAAUAUCAACGAUUUAACUAUACACGAAAAAAUUCUUCACAAAUUUUCAAAUUGGA